AUGGAUCCUUACACCUCUCGGCUGUCAGUCCGUUACUUAACCGCUGAGCCAAACCCAUUUGGUACUGUUGUUAUACCACCAGAUUGCAAAAUGUCUUCACAGGACACUUCUCCUAAUUCUCAGGAGACCUUUAACUUCUUAUGGGAGUCUCUCGAACAAGUUACAGCUAAUGAAUAUACACAGAUUCAUGAAAGAGGAGUUGGCUAUGAAUAUCAUGAAGCAGAACCAGAUCAAACCACUUUGGAGAUUAAUUCUUACAGAAUUGGACAACCUGAUCCUUAUGUAAGAUCAGAAAGCUAUGAUUUAUUGAAUCCAAUUAUUAGCCAAAUUCCAGCUCCUUUGGCAAUUGCUGACAACCAGAAUAAUUCCCUUGUUAACCACUGUCCAUAUGAAGAAAUGCCUGUAUCAUCGACUCCAUAUUCACCUCAUGACCAUGUACAAUCUCCACAGCCAUCUGUGCCUUCAAAUAUCAAGUAUCCUGGAGAAUAUCAGUUUGAAAUUUCAUUCGCUCAACCUUCAAAAGAAACCAAAUCUACAACCUGGACUUAUUCUGAGAAACUAGACAAAUUGUAUGUAAGGAUGGCUACUACAUGUCCAGUUCGGUUCAAGACAGCACGACCACCUCCCUCUGGUUGUCAGAUUCGAGCAAUGCCAAUAUAUAUGAAACCAGAACAUGUCCAAGAAGUGGUUAAAAGAUGUCCUAAUCAUGCUACAGCGAAAGAACAUAAUGAAAAACAUCCAGCUCCUCUUCAUAUUGUUCGUUGUGAACACAAACUGGCAAAAUAUCACGAAGAUAAAUAUAAUGGGAGACAAAGUGUUCUGAUUCCACAUGAAAUGCCACAAGCUGGUUCUGAAUGGGUUGUAAAUUUAUACCAGUUCAUGUGUCUCGGUUCUUGUGUUGGUGGCCCCAACCGGCGGCCUAUACAAUUAGUAUUUACCUUAGAAAAAGACAACCAGGUUCUGGGCCGAAGAGCUGUUGAAGUGCGGAUAUGUGCCUGCCCUGGACGAGACAGAAAAGCAGAUGAAAAGGCUAGUUUGGUUUCAAAGCCUCCAAGUCCAAAGAAAAAUGGUUAUCCACAAAGAUCUCUCGUUGUUACAAACGACAUUACAAAAAUUACACCUAAAAAGAGAAAGAUUGAUGAUGAAUGCUUCACAUUAAAAGUUAGAGGUAGGGAAAAUUAUGAAAUUCUUUGUAAAUUAAGAGAUACAAUGGAAUUAGCGGCAAGGAUUCCAGAGGCUGAGCGCUUAUUAUACAAACAAGAAAGACAGUGGCUGUCUGACAACUACAACAUACCAGACACUAGCACAGGUGCAGAGACCUUGCGGAACGGCUCUCUGGCAAAUAUGUCGGAGCAAAUAUUUACGCUAAAGAAUAGUGUGAGAGCUUUGCCUGGUCGUUUGACUUCAAUUCCUAGUAGCAGUUCAAAUAAUUCUCAAGAUGGCAGCCGCUCCUCUACCACUUUCUCAACAUCAGAAAAUAGUCAAGUGAACAGUUCUCAAAAUAACAGCCAAAUAGUCAAUGGACAGCAAGUACCACAUGAUGAAGAAACUCCUGUCACUAAAUGUGAACCUACAGAAAACACCAUUGCUCAGUGGCUUACAAAAUUAGGUCUGCAAGCAUACAUUGACAAUUUUCAACAGAAAGGACUUCAUAAUAUGUUCCAGUUGGAUGAAUUCACACUCGAGGAUCUCCAAAGUAUGCGGAUAGGAACUGGUCAUCGCAACAAAAUUUGGAAGUCUCUAUUGGAUUACCGGCAAUUGCUUAGUUCUGGCACAGAAUCCCAAGCUCUCCAGCAUGCUGCUAGCAAUGCAUCAACAUUGAGUGUUCUAUUGCCAGUCACCCCCUCAUUCGGUUUCUGUUGCCUACCACCCCUUCAUUCAGGUUUCAUUGACAAGUAUCCCGCUCAUUCAGGUUCUAUUGCCAGUCACUCUCUCAUUCGGUUUCUGUUGCCUACCACCCCCUCAUUCAGGUUCUAUUGCCAGUCACUCUCUCAUUCGGUUUCUGUUGCCUACCACCCCCUCAUUCAGGUUUUAUUGACAAGUAUCCCGCUCAUUCAGGUUCUAUUGCCAGUCACUCCCUCAUUCGGUUUCUGUUGCCUACCACCCCCUCAUUCAGGUUUUAUUGACAAGUACCCCGCUCAUUCAGGUUCUAUUGCCAGUCACUCCCUCAUUCGGGUUCUAUUGCCAGUCACUCCCUCAUUUGGGUUCUAUUACCAGGCACUCCCUCAUUCGUUUCUGUUGCCAAUUACCCCCUCAUUCAAAUUCUAA